CACUUCCUCCACAACCCUACAUAUACAUAUAUAUGUAUAUAUAUAUAUAUACAUAGCUUGUUAAUUAGUUUAUAUAUAUUUCUCACCUUUGAACGACUGAAUUAACCGAUCGACCAUGUCGAGAUUGCUGGAGCCUCUUAUUGUUGGGAGGGUGAUAGGAGAAGUGUUGGACUCGUUUGAGCCGAGCAUGAAGAUGGUGGUCACCUACAAUUCCAACAAGCUGGUCUUCAAUGGCCAUGAGUUCUACCCUUCCGCAGUCGCAUCCAAACCUAGAGUUGAGGUCCAAGGCGGAGACAUGAGAUCGUUCUUCACACUGGUUAUGACAGACCCAGAUGUGCCGGGUCCGAGUGAUCCAUACCUAAGGGAGCACCUGCACUGGAUUGUAACCGACAUUCCUGGCACAACUGACGCUUCUUUUGGGAGGGAGAUCGUGAGCUAUGAGAGCCCAAGGCCCAACAUAGGCAUCCACAGGUUCAUCUUCGUCCUCUUCAAGCAGAAGCGGCGGCAGGCCGUCAGCCCUCCUCCCUCCAGGGAUCACUUCAGCACCCGUCAAUUUGCGGAGGAGAACGACCUCGGCCUCCCCGUGGCUGCCGUCUACUUCAACGCUCAGAGGGAGACUGCCGCCCGCCGCCGUUAAAACCGCUCUUUCCAUUCUUCUCCUACAUCACCAUCCUUCAACUACAACCGCAUAUGAUAUCACGCAAAAUAAAAUUACAAGCUCAUGAAGGCCUUUGUUGUCACCCUGUCUCUCCAUGCCUAUAUAUAACUGAAAUUAAGAUGGCUAGCGUGCAUUGUAUAAGCUAGUGUACUCUACCUAGAACUCAAAGUUGGUUAACAUGCAUUGUGUAAGUGUAGUAAUGUUGAGCAGUGUGCGGGUUGAAUUA